AUGGAUGACAAUGGAAGGAGCAGUUUUGGAGCCUUUACUCCGACCAAAAGAGGAACUCUAGCGGAAAUGCUGAGAUUAAGACGGAAACGUGGUGGGUUUGGUGGUGGAGGAAUGAAGAGGGUUGAAGUUGGAUCUACUUUGUCAAAUUUAGGAUCUAGAGUAGAUUCUAUCCCAUUUCCGAACAGCUUUCCUUUAAACUACUCUCUAUCUUAUCAACACGAGCAGUUAUCAACUGGAUGUAAUGCAGAAAAAAGAUCUCGUCGCUUUCAGCCAAGAAAUUUUCCUAAUAGCAAUGAGGAAAUUUUCCCUACGAACUGUUUCAAUUCCGAACCUAUUCUGGGAAUAGAUAGACCUGAACAAACUUAUCAGUUUGCUUCUCAAGGUAACUUUUAUAGUACAGGAGGUAUGAAUUGGGGCCUCGCGUCUCUAAGUCAACCCGAGGAUGAUUCUUGUGAUGAAUUUUAUUCAUCUCAAAUCUCUCAGAGCUUAUUAUGUGAAGAAAGUUUACCCCCGAGAUUUUCUGAUGAUGAAGUAAUAUCAGAGAGAGAAGAACGAAGGUUUUCUUCACAAGAAUGUUCCAAGACAUCUAUCAUGGAUAACGGAGCAGACCAAGGAUACUUCAGUCAGAGCAGUCAAUCUCAGAGCCAAGAGAAGGAGGAAAUAGAAAGUCAGGAGAAUAAUUCAUAUAUUCAGGAGGAAUGCAUAGAUUUUCAGAAGAAUUGCAUUCAGAAACAAGGUUUGCAUGAUUCACACUGUAACAAUCUAGAUACCAAAGAACCAGGAACGAAAAAUCACAAAAUAAAAAUAACUUCAGAUGAUCAGACAGUUUAUCUGAAACAGAAUGGGUUAAAUGAUGGUGAGAGAAACGAUACUAAACUGGGGUCGAGAGCUCAAGGUUCCAGCAUAAAUAUUAAAGAAAAGAAGUCAACGAACUGUCCGAAUCCUGGUGUAAUUGAUGGUAAAGACGGGACGGAUGUUUUGAUUGUUGUGGAGAAGAUUCGAAGGAAGGUUCGAGGGCUGCCAGACGUGUUCUCUACACUAUGCCAUGAAAAACUGGAAAAGUUCCAGGGGAAAAUUAGAAUAAAGAUAAAUUUGGCAAUUAGUAUUGGUGGAGACCUUGUUGUCCGAGAUCUGUGA